AACUCAACAAGGCACCCUUGACCCUUCCUCCUUCCGCUCCCCAUUACCUUCGUUUGCCACCAUGCUCCGCUCACUGCUGCGCCCAACUGCCAGCGCAUUCAAGGCUGUCCCUGUUUCGCACCAUCUCAUCCUUCGUCAUGCCUCUUCUGCGUCCACACCUGCAGUCAAGCCUAACAUCAAGCUGAUCGCCGAGAUUCGUAAGGCGAUCGAGGGUGUCUCCAUGAUGAAGGCCAAGGAGGCUCUUGUCCAGACCAACAACGAUUUCGAAAAGGCUCUCGAAUGGGUCCGUGAGGACGAGGCCAAGGCCGGUAUUAAGAAGGCCGAAAAACUCAAGGAUCGACAGGCCAUGGAGGGUCUCGUCGGUGUUGUCGUGGGCGAAGUCGCUGAGCAUGGCAACCGUGGAGCCAUUGUCGAGGUCAACUGCGAAACCGACUUUGUCUCGAGAAACGACCUCUUCAAGAGCCUCGUCAGCCAGAUCGCCUCAACUGCCCUUCUGGUUGUCGACCCAUCCUCCGCUGGACUAGCUGCCGAUCAGAAGGGUCUCGCCCAGGAAGUCUCAAUCGCCGACCUAUUGCAGGCUCCCAUCCUCCCCGACCCCACCCCCGCCGCUGCAGGAUCAGACGCGCCAGCAACAUCAGCAGCACCACAGGAAUUCGCCACUGUCCAAGAGUCUAUCACCAAAAUGGUCGCCAAGCUGGGCGAAAACAUCUCCCUGCGUCGCUGUGCUGUCAUUAACAUUCCGGAGAACCAGCGCGGCCUCGUCCUGACUGGAGGAGCAACCCACGGAGGCGACAAGCACCCUUACACUGGAAAGAUGGGCGCACUCUCUGUCUUGACCCUGGUUUCGAAGCAGGGAGGAUCCAAGAAGGUCGUUCCUUCGGAGGCUGUCACUACCCUGUCCAGACAAUUGACCCGCCACUUGAUCGCCUCACCUUCGAUUACUAUUCAUCAGGAAGACUGCAAGAUCCCCUUAGAGAUCUCGAACGGUGGACAUGCACCCCCAGAGGAGGUUGAUGCCUGGCUGGACGAGAGAGUAUUGAUGCGUCAGCCUUUUAUCUUUGGAGGAGGAAAGGUCGAGCAGGUGAUCGCCAAGGUCGCCAAGGAUGAGGGCUUAAGGAUCAAGGUCGUGGAUGCCUUGCGGUGGGAGAGGGGUGAGGGCAUGGUCAAGGCGGAGACACCAGACUUUGCUGAGGAGGUUAGGCGCCAGAUCGAAAACAAAUAGACGCACUCAUGUAUAGACAAAAUAUAUUUUACUUCACUU